AUGAAAGCACAAAUCAUUGAAGAUUAUUGUGAGGAACCUAAUUUUAUUCUUCGUGACGAUGUUCCCAUUCCCGAGCCAAAAGACAAUGAGAUUUUGGUCAAAUUAAAAACAGCUUCCGUAAAUCCUGUCGAUUACAAGAUGAGAGAAGGUGCAAUGAAAAUGUUGUCAAGUUUGCAAUUCCCAUGUAUUUUAGGUAAAGACGGAAGUGGAGUUGUUGAGAAGAUUGGAUCCAAGAUCACAAGAUUUAAAGUUGGCGAUGAAGUUUGUGGUUAUUUAACACAAAAGAGAACAGGUUCCUAUGCUGAAUAUGCUUGCUAUGAAGAAGACGAAAUUGUACUAAAACCUUCAGAAAUGACUUUCCAACAAGCAUGUGCUUUUCCACUCGUUGGUGGUACCAUUAUGGAAAUGUAUCGAAGACAUCCUGCUAUUGGAGAAGUGUUAGAUCGGGAAGGACAAUUGGCAUUUAAGGAACAUCGAAUUUCAGAUCCUCUCAGUGAUGAGAAUAAGAAAGAAAUGAGAAUUUUAGUUAUUGGAGCCUCAGGAGGUACUGGUUCUGUAGCUGUAUUGUUUGCAAAAACAUUUCUCCAUCGAUAUUUCAACACCAAGGUCUAUGCCGUGUGUUCAGAAAGGAAUUCACAGUUUGUCAAGUCAUUGGGAGCUGAUGGUAUUAUUGACUAUACCAAAUCCUCAGCUAAGGCUGGAUCUCACACCACACACAAAUCUGAUUCCUCAGAAUUACCAAGUAUUUGUCAACUCUUGAAAACCAAUUACGAUAUCAAUUAUGUCGAUUUGGUUCUUGAUUGUGUUGGAGGUUAUUACUACUAUGAUGAUGUCUGUCAUAAUUCAUCAUGUAAAGAUGCGAACCCAUAUUGUGUGUUUACGACCAUUUCCCCACCCACAGAACCACAAAUGACAUUGACCAAUAUUUUGAAAGUUGGAUCGUUUCUUGCAAUGAACAAAUUGAGAUCCUUCUCAUCCUGCUAUCCAAAAUUCCAUUUCAUCAUGUUGGAUCGAAAUGUUAAGGAUUUGAAUUUACUCAUGAAUCAUGCACUCUUAGAGAAUAGAGCCUUUGAGAAAAUUCCUUUAAUUCCUUUCAAUCUUUCCAUGAUUAAGGAAGCACAGUUGCAAAUGGAAUCUCAACGAACAGUUGGAAAAAUUGUCAUUGACAUUCAAUAG